AUAUCCAUAGCCGAAACAGCCAAUCGAAACAGCCAAUGGAAAAUCAAGAAAAUGAAAAAGAGUGUUUCCCCAUGUUAUCAGGCUAGUCUAUUCCACGGGGUGAUAUACCGUCAAUGCAUGUCUGAGAAUGGGAUAAAAUAUAAUAUCUACAUGACAGUGGUUGGAUAUAGCUGUUGUACCCGGAAGUUCAAACACGAAAGUGAAGCUGGUGGAAAAUUUACUAUGCUAUUUGUAGCGCUGGAUAAACCUACAGUUCUAUUUUUAUUGUCGGGAAAAUCCGUGUUUGUUCUCUUUUUCCUGCAGUGCUGUCGCUAAUACAGAAUAUAUUAGUUUUCAAGACAAAAAUUAAGUCGUGAUAACAGAAUGUUUCAGUGGAAGUUGUGAAAUUUUAUUCGGACAAAGUUGAAGUUUUGUACAUUUGAAGCGGUUGACAACUUGUCAAUUCUGAAUCUUUUAAGUGAUUAAUGUAUCAUUAAAAAGCAAUAGGAAUAAUCCAGAUGGCCGAAAACAGGCGAGUCAAACAGAAACAUACAACACGGAAAGAGAGGAAUGUGUGGAAAACAACCCAAGAUGUGGCAAGUAAUGUGACAGAUGAGAGAGAUUUCUCAGAGAGACUUUCCCGUUUUCUUGAUCAUGUUGUCGUCAAUGAACAUUUAAUUCAAUUUAGACGGAAAAUAAUGUUCUCUCGUGAACGUGAAAUGACACUGAAUCACAAAGCACAUGGGCGUGAUAGACGAGCUUAUAUAUUUGGAAGUCAAAUCGAGGGCACUACAACAAUCGGAAUGAUGUCUGACACAGACAUCUUACACUGUUUUGAAACGUUUCGUUUGUUUCUUGAUUCAGAAAAUCCACCAAUUCAGCCGCAUGAUCAACAAGUCGUAAUUAAGGUUACCACUAAAGGUUGUGCUUCGCAGUACUGUUUUGUAACAAUGAUUGAACCAUUAAAGCAAUCGAGGCUUUUUCAAAACCUGGAUCCUACUCGAGAUCCUUUUGAUGAAAUCGUCAGAUUUUUUCAAAGAGAUUGGACGAAAACUGAAGGCAUGAUUCCACAUACAGUUGUGUUUGACACCAUCAACCGAACUCCAGUAAUACGUUGGACGGGAAAACGACACGGACCUGCAGAAAGUAUAGGGAAUAUCGACAGUGUACACGCAUGUUAUUGUAAAAGUCUUCCAAAGCAAUGCAUGUUCGUUUUUGAAAGGCCUCGCCCCGGUCACUGGCCUUCGGAAAAGACGCUGAAAAAAGCCAACAAAUAUGGUGUGUUUAUAGUUCCACAGGGACCCCCAAAAAGUACGAACAUUUGUACAUACGAUUAUUUUCAAUACCAAUGGCGCAUUUCCACAAAUCUUACAGAGCGGCUAUUUAUGUUCAGUUUAGAUAAAGUACAUCUGAAAGCAUAUAUUCUGACCAAGAUGAUAAGAAAGGAGCUGUUUGCGCCGGAAUAUCAAGACAAGCUGAGUACGUUUCAUUUCAAAACAGUCUUCUUCUUUGCGGUCGAGAACACCCGGCCCGAUACGUGGAGGGAGGACAAUCUUAUCAAUUGUGUCAAGUGCAUACUUGUAACUUUGAGGCGCUUUGUAAGAUGCCACAAUUGUCAACACUUUACCAUUGCGAAUGUUAACCUUUUUGAUGGGAAAAUUGAUAGACAAGAGUUUCCGAAAUUGGUGGAUAAACUUACAAAUAUUAUAAAUUUACUGCGGACAAAUAUCGAAAAUAUACAAAUGGACAACAUUGGAACAUUAUUCAUGAGCUAAGUACGAGAAAAAAAGAACGCAGCAUAUAUAGUUCUAAUUUUUCAGAACUAUUUUAUUAUGUUUUCAAUAUUUUUAAGGGUGAGAAGCAUUUUUUUUUAUGGAUUUAAACUUGCAGAAGCACCAGUUAGUUACAGGAUAUCUUUAUUUGAACACGAAUUUACACGCUUAGAAUCGUAUUAUCGCGCCCCGUUGGAAAAAUACAGAAAAUGUGACUAUGCAUUACAUGACGUCAUGUCAUGUACGGCUAGUUUGUUAGCUUCGGUGUAUUUAGAACAGAAAGCAGAAGGAAUUGAGUAUAAUCACGAUUCCAUCAAUAAAGUAAGACAAAUGUAUACACAAUCCAUAGAGUCUGAUAUCAUUGGUAACUACAUGCGAUACGCUUCCUUCCUUUUCUGCAACGGAGAAUAUGAUGAAGCAUGUAAAUAUUUUGACUUGAUAGAAAAACAGAUAGAAAAAGAUAAAAAAUCUAAUCUCAUUUACCAGUUUUUUGUUUCUCCAUCGGAGUCAUUAGCACUGCAGAUAGCAAACCAGUCAUGUGAACAGUCUUUCAAACAAAGAUGGUCUGCCUUUUUGAUAUUUAGUCAAGAAGAGACGAUGUGUGUUCCUGAAUUCCUGCGGUGCGAAAAGUACCGUGGGCGUUUUGGCGCCGAUACGUCGUCUGGUUUUCUGUCACCAUUGUAUAGCAAUUAUGACUGCAUCUGUUUUCGAAUAGAACCCUAUCUCUACUAUCUACAGUACCUUACAUACAGAGAACUUCGACAAAAACAUAAACAAUCGGAAGCGUUGAUGAAGUUAUUGAUAUUCACUGAAAUUAUUAAAUCCACAGGAUUUAUCUCAUCUAAGAGCGAUGACUCUGCAGCAUGCGGCUUUUUUGAUACCUCUUUGAACAUGCUAGGACACUGCUUUGAACUGGAGCAGAAAUUAGAAUCGGCGUGGAAAACUUACAAAACUUCUUUACAACUGCAACCUAAAAGAAAUGCGUCGGCCCUGCAUAUCAUUCGACUUCUGUGGCAAGUUGUUCAAAGUCUGCGGACAUUUUAACUACAAUCUCGAAGUGAAAAAGCGAAAAUGUUCUUUAUUUUGACUGAUUCACUGACGACCAAUAAUACCCCCACAUACCGCUUUGAUACGGAUGCUGAGUUUGACAAGUAGUUGUGUUAUUGUUUUCCUUUCGUUGUCAAAGUGAAAAACAUGGUAACAGUAGUAUUUUUCUCUUCAAACUUUAUCUUAAAAGUUGUAACAAACAUUCGCAAUUGAACAUAAACAUAAAGAUUCAUUUUAUCCAAUCUCAGACUAAGGUCAAAGUUAAACAUUGUGAUUUUCUAGGAAAUUUAUUAUUAUUAUUGUUAUAAUUAGUAUUAUUGUUGUUACUGUAAUUUGUAAAUUUUAAAUCAAUUUUACUAUUUAAAAUGUUGUAUCAUAACUUAUGCUAAGAUGUUUUAAGAUACGAGGUUAUGUAUUGCUAUCAAACAGGUGACAAAUCACUUUUCUCUCAAAAUAAAAAAAAACUGCAUGUAUAUGUAUUAAAAUACUUCUUUUCAUUAUAGUCACAUUUACCGUAGACGAACCGCUAUAUUUAAAUAACAACUUGCGGGCUAAUAAACUUAUU